AGUCGCUCAGUCGACGUGCAGUCAUCGCCAUGAAGGUUUGGACAGCGCUGCUAGGCGCCGUGCUCAUACAAGGUUGCCUUCUGCUGAAGAUCCAGGACAACGGUUAUAAAGACUUGGUCGUGGCUAUCCAUAAAGAUGUACCGGAGAACCUUGCUCUGCUGACAAACAUACAGACAAUCAUAAGAGAAGCCUCGCCCUACCUGUAUAGAGCCACCCGGAAGAGAGCCUUUUUUCGGGAUGUAGUGAUCUUCAUACCGGACACGUGGAAAGAAAACAGCACAUGGGGAGUGUCACAGAAGACCUUCAAGCAGGCUGAUGUCCGCAUCGACAGCCCACAUCCACUUCACGGCGAUACUCCUUACACCUUUCAACCAGGGCAGUGCAGGGAGCCAGGACGUUAUGUUCAUUACACCCCCAACUACAUUCUCGAUCAUGAGGUUGACAGAAUGAGAAACUGGGGUGACCCAAGUCGUGUCUUUGUCCACGAGUUCGCUCAUCUGCGGUACGGCGUGUUCGAUGAGUACGGAUCUCCCCCCGAAUACCCACAUUGGUACCUCGAUGGUGAUGUCAUCAGACCCACUGGAUGCACAACUGAAAUAAAAGGGACAUUUAAUAAAGAUUGGGAACCAUGUGACCCAAGACAGCAUACAAACGGAUGCGUAUUCAUGGCAAACAACAACGGGAAUUCCAAUGCCUCCAUCAUGUACAUGCCUCACCUGGAUUCGAUACAUGACUUUUGUGAAACAAAUGCAGCGGAUCCCGGCUUACGACAUAACAACCUCGCCACAAACGAACAAAACAGAAGAUGCAAUGGGCAAGGCACGUGGAACAUUAUCAGAGAUCAUGAAGACUUCCUGGAAAAUAAUUUGCCCGUUGAACUUGAUGACGUCACACCAAGGUUUCACCUGGUCUAUGAUAAAAAGGAGACACGAGAAGGUGUUCAGACAUGCGGGAGGCGCGUAGUGCUCCUACUUGACUUAUCAGGAUCUAUGCGUCAGAAUUCCCGUUACUUCAAACUGGUCCAGUUUGCGGACAAGUUCGUCAAAGACGUCCUCCCGCUGGGUUCAGAAGUGGGCGUGGUAACAUUUGAGUCCACGCCCUCCAUCUUGAUAGAGAUGACCUAUUUGGCGACUGACGAGGUAAAGGCCAGUCUGACAGCAAGACUACCCAAUGACGAGGACGACUACAUGGGGGGUACUGGAAUCGGCCAAGGACUUCACAAAGCUGUUGAGCUGCUGUCCUCCGAUGGGGAUACACCCGAGGGGGGUCGAAUAGUCCUAGUCACCGAUGGCAGUGAAAACUCAGGUCCAAAUGUUGCCACUGUCCUACCGGAUAUCGUCCGAGCCUCGGUUGUAGUCCAUUCUGUCGCCCUCAGCGUUGCUGCCGAUGCGGUCCUGGCCAAUUUAUCAGCUGCCACAGGAGGGCUGUAUAGUUUCUACUCCGAGGAAGAGAAUUCCACUGCACUGGACUCGGCGGCCGUCAGACUGCUUCCCGAUGUGUCAGUGUGUGACGAGACAGAGACGAUUGAGCUAUUCAGGAAGGGCCUGGCUUUGACAUCGUCCAUGCCUUACUUCACUGAUAGUGUCCAGAUUGAUUCCACCGUUGGUAACGACACUUUCUUCACCUUCACUCUGCCUCCUAACAGCGAUAUCACGGUGAAUGUGAGUGACCCAGCUGGAGUAACCUAUGACCGGAGCUCGGCGGAGUACAGUACAGACACUGUUUUAAAUAUUGUUCGGCUGAGAUUCCCCUUGGCUAAGCCAGGGCGAUGGACAUUCACUGUUCACAGUAGAUCUCUUGUUUCUGGGUCUGAUCCGAAUUCUGUGAUAGUCGUUGUGAGGUCCUUACCGAUGGUGAACCGUAGUCCAUACGAGAUCGAAACGUGGUUGGACACGACGACAGUAAACGUCGCUGUUAGCUUCCCCGUCGUUUACACAUACGUCCACAUCGGCUACAGCCCCAUCAUCAACGCUUCUGUGAUAGUGACUGUUGACAGGUCUCCACAACCAAGUGUUACCCUUACUCUGAAAGAUAAUGGGGAUGUCGUCGAUACACGAGCAAAUGACGGUGUUUACUCGGCGAGCUUUCUUGAAUUUACGAGGAACCGGCGGUACUCCUUGCAGACCAGUGUGUCCUCCAUAGAAAACCAGACAGUUGUCAUGGUGUCCGGGAACUCAGGAAGUGAAGCUUAUUCCAUCUUUCAGAAUACGUCACGGCCUGUAAGGAUGGAGCCUGCUGAAGUGUUCACAAGAACUGCGUCGCCAGGAGCUUUGGACGUCACGGGUUAUGAUCGCGAUGUGGACAUGUUUGCCCCCAAUGACAUAUCUGACCUUGGGGUAGUAUCCUCGGACUCGGAAGCCUUCACAGUGACGUUAAACUGGACUGCGCCAGGAGAUGACCUUGAUAAAGGAACGGCCGACAGAUACGAGCUUCGAGUUGGCAGCAGUCUCAAGACGCUGAGUCAGAACUUCAGCACAGCACAACUAAUUGAGGAGGAAGAUCUCCACAACAGCUCCCUGACUCCCAGCUCUGCUGGCUCCGAGCAGCGCGUGGUUAUUAAUGUACCCAGAGACUGGCCGUACAGUGCCUACGCCUUCGGAGUCAUUGCCAUUGACGAUGCAAAUCUGACGUCGCGUGUAUCAAAUCUGCAAAGUGUGACCUUCAAAUACAUAAGGGUUCAAGGGGAGCCGAAAGACACGACGCCUCCAGGAAGGAUCACAGAUCUAAAGUUGUUGCACUGUGACUCAGUCAACGAGACCUUCACCUUAUCCUGGACGGCCCCUGGUGACGAUGAAUACAACGGCACAGUCAGCCGUUAUGAGAUGCUAGUUGGAGAAACCAUAUUCGACAUGAAGACAAACUACAGCAACAGGCGUCUUGUCACAAGAGAUGAAAUGACCAACGGUUCUAUUCUUCCGCUUCCCGCUGGGAAAGAGCAACGUAUGGCUGUCAGCUUGAGCAGAAAUGAGUCACGAGAAAUAUUCGUUUUUGCAGUACAAUCGUACGACAAAGAAAACCUUCCGUCAGAAUUAUCAAACUUUGUCCGGGUCAGCCUGACCGAACAAACAUGUAGCAUUGCACUGAAAGUGGUUGAAGAGGAGGAAGAGGAAGAGGAAGAGGAAGAUUUAAGCUGGAUUGGACUUGCUGGAGGCUUGGCUGCAGCAGGGGUUAUUGUAUUUGUAGGAAUCAUCAUGUUUGUGGCCAUCAGAUGGAAAAUAAUCCGCCAGAAACAUGUCACAUAAUCAUGCAGGUGGAACAGUCAGAAUUAUAUCUUCCCUGUGAAGAAUACAGGAAAUUAGAGCUCUUUUGAGAUGAAAUUAUUCCCUUAUUCCCUGUCUGUCAUAUUCAAACUAUAGGCUUAAAUAUGCGUCUUAAUCAAGUAUAAUGGUGAAUAUAUUCUCAGUCUGCACUGGACACUGCACGUCUUCAAGCUGUGCAUAUAUAGAAGCAGUUCGUCUGUUAUCAUUUGGUGGUCAACACGUACAUAAUUUUGUUUAUAUUCCAUUUCAUAUUAUAUAUUAUGUGUACCUGAUGGUCUUCGAAAAUAGCCAUGCUAUUUUCAGUCAUUUGAUAUUGCUUUCAAUCAUUACAUACAUGUACGACUUUGUCUGGUCUACAGGGGUGGAAAUUACAGGUCUUAUGUGCUGGAUAUGAAAUCCCUGCUACACUAGACACGAAGAAGGAUCAUACAUUAUUGAAGCAACCAUUGUCUGAACAGUUUCUGUGGUCGACCCUAUAGGCACCCUCACUCAUGCCAUCAGCCAGUAUCAAUCCUCCAAAGUGUGUCUGUUAAGGGUUUCGUCUCUGUUCAAAGAAGCCUACUUUUGAUGCUUUUACAAUUGUUUUUGAAACCUUUUGUGAAUAAAUAUCACAAACAUUA